AUGCGCGAACACGACCAGUCGACCUCCGCAUAUGACAGCAAUGGUCUCUUGGGAGCCGCCUCGUUGUCACAGGCUCAGCCAUUGUCAGGUUAUUAUUCUUUGAUUCUGACAUCUCCUUUGCCAUACAGUGGCCGUACAACGACAGCACAAUCGACUGCCGCUCCAACCAAGGACCAACCGUCCCCGUUGUCAGCCGCUGCGUCCAAGCUCAAGACUCCUCAAGAAAGGAUGGCCAUUGUCUUUGGAUCUCGUCUUGCAGGACCUGGCCGCCAGUCUCGAUACAAUCCUGGUGAGGCGCCACCUGAGUCCAUGUGGAGAACGGUCAAUGGGGUCCCUAUCCCUCCUCGUCCCGAGGAACCAGACAAUUGCUGCAUGAGUGGCUGUGUCCAUUGCGUCUGGGAUGACUUCCGCGACGAAAUGGAAGAAUGGGCUGCUAGAAUCGCCAAGGCCAAGGCUAAGGGUGGGCCUGAGAAAGGCACUGCAGAUAUGCGUGCUGCGCCCCGAGCCGAGGUCGACUCGGCUAGUGCCAGUAUGGAUGAUGAUGGUGGUGGAAGCGCGACCAAUUGGACUUUACCGAAUCAAGAGGAUGAUCUCUUUGCCAGUAUUCCGGUUGGUAUUCGAGAGUUUAUGAAGACGGAGAAAAGGUUACGGUUGAAGCACGAGGAAGCCACGCCAUGA